AGACAAAUCUACUCUCUACUGCUCAUUAGUUUGGGUGCCUCGAGUUCCUCUGUACAACCGAGCUCCUGUACGGAAAGCGACCUCUGCUUUCAAAGUCACGUGCACUGACCCCACUACAGAAACAGAUUCACCGGCUCCACCUGCGCCUCUCUGAAGAACUACCACAGACAAUCUAUUUGUUUCACUUUUAGACGAGGAGAACUGCACUGCGAGGAACUCUGACAAUCCCACUGACAGGUGAGAGGAGGAAGAUACCAAAUAAAGAUUUAAACAUGAAACUUGAAGUGUUUUCCGCAACCCACUUCGUUCCCUUGGAGGUGUGCAGUCACAGUGAUGCAGAGGGAACUGUCCCCUCUCCCCUAUCCGGGGAUGAGCUGGGCUCAGACGGGGACUGCGUGGCCAACAGUCCAACACCUGCCACCACGAGCAGCGCCAAUGGCAAGGGGAAGCCCUACACCCGCAGACCCAAGCCACCUUACUCCUACAUCGCACUCAUUGCUAUGGCCAUCCGGGACUCCGGCAGCGGCAAGUUGACUCUAGCUGAGAUCAACAACUACCUGAUGAAUAAAUUCCUGUUCUUCCGUGGCAGCUACACCGGCUGGCGGAACUCGGUGCGCCACAACCUGUCGCUGAAUGACUGUUUCCUCAAGGUGCUCCGGGACCCGUCCAGGCCCUGGGGCAAGGACAAUUACUGGAUGCUGAACCCGAACAGCGAGUAUACCUUCGCCGACGGGGUGUUCCGGCGCAGGAGGAAGCGCAUCAGUAAGUGCCGAUCCAGCGUUGGUUCCAAUAAGGACAUCAAGAACCCAGACGAGGAGACUCGCUUCUCGAGCACUCCAUCUGCGCCCUCCCGGGAGGAGAGGGUUAUGGGCGCUAAGUUCUCCAGCUCUUCCAGCUCCUUCUCCAUCGAUAGCAUCCUCAGUAAGCCCUUCAUAAGGAGGGACGAUAGAGACCACACUGAUGCAGACAGUGCAUAUACCAACCCCGGUGCCCACCGGUGCUACUGGCCCGCCGGUGCCCACCACAUGCUGCCCCACACACUGGGCUACCCACCCGUAUCCCCUGCUAUGGCGCACGCACAUGCACAGCAGUUGUACCACCAGGCCAGCUCAGGCGCGUCGCGCAUGUUGCACGCAUACAGGUGCAGCCUCGCGGAGCAAGCGGAGCACAGCAGGGACCCACGCACAGCUGUCCACGUGACGUCACAGGGCUACAUGCCAAACUCCGAUGCUGCUUUCUCCCGGGUGAAGAUGCACACAGCGCAAGGUGGCAGCUGUCAUCCUUUCCAGAUAGACUCAUUGCUCUCCUAAAGUCAACAUGAGGGACAAUACUGUAAUGAUGUAUCUUAGAUUUGCCAUGUGCCCUCUCCUAUACGCUCUACGUUUUUCUAGUUUUAAAAAAGAAUUCAGGGCUUUGAACAGUUUCCAAUGAGAAGUCGGUGUAGCAAGAAUGAAAAACGUAAUAUUUUCUUGUUGUCAAGUGACUUUAUUUCUGUCUGGUUAUUCCUAGGACCGAGCAAAUCAGUUGCAAUCGAAUGACAUGACAUUCCCCUGUGUGCGUGUGUGCGUGUGUGUGUGUGUGUGUGUGUGCGUGUGCGUGCGUGUGUGUGUAAGGUAAUUUCUACUGUAAACUACGGCUACCAUGUGCCAAAUAUGAAAACAUAUACAUAUUUGUGUUGUAGCCUAGUUUUGUAUGACUUGCUGCAAAAUAUUCAUUUAAAAUAUUUGUUCGAUUGUUGACUACUGCACAGAAAGGAAAUACAGUAUGUUUUCCUAAACAUUGAUUCAUGCACGAUAUUUUUCUGAGCGAAAAUAAAAAAAAUAUUUUGGAAAGAAUUAUCAAAGCAAACCACAAGUAUGUAUUCUUUAUUUUCCUUUGGUUGAAGCCAAGACAAGGGCAAUAAAAAGUAAAUAUUAUUUUUUUUUCUC